AUGAUGUUGUUUCUUUUUCAUAUGCUUCUUCUGGAUCUUCAAUAUACAAGCCCUAACCACUGCCUUGUCACAAAUCUCGCUUACGAGAGACCUCUUUCAAUCAAUUGCUUGGCGUGCUUGAUAAAAGUCGUCAAAGACGGCCCCAUGGCCUGUUGUUUAAGCGAGGAAGCUCGCGAACAAAAGCGUAUAAAUCAAGAAAUUGAAAAACAAUUACAGAGAGAUAAACGAAAUGCCAGACGUGAGCUUAAACUUUUAUUACUGGGUACGGGAGAGUCCGGCAAAUCAACCUUUAUUAAACAAAUGCGCAUCAUUCAUGGUCAGGGAUACUCAGAAGACGACAAACGGCAGCACAUUCGAUUGGUCUUUCAGAACGUCUUUAUGGCAAUGCAAUCCAUGAUUCGUGCCAUGGACACAUUAGGAAUUCCUUAUGGUAAUGAAGAUUCAGAAGAUAAAGCGAAUGUAGUAAGAGCAAUAGACUAUGAAAAUGUAACGUCAUUUGAAGAGCCUUAUGUGUCCUAUAUUAAAGAUCUUUGGGAAGACAGUGGAAUUCAGGAAGCCUACGAUAGAAGGCGAGAAUACCAACUUACUGAUUCCACAAAAUAUUAUUUAAGUGAUGUGCGACGGUUAGCUGUGCCUGAUUAUCUGCCUACAGAACAAGACAUCUUACGAGUUCGUGUUCCCACGACUGGUAUUAUCGAAUAUCCUUUCGAUUUGGAGCAAAUUAUUUUUAGGAUGGUAGAUGUUGGAGGACAACGAUCUGAAAGGCGUAAGUGGAUUCAUUGCUUUGAAAAUGUUACAUCGAUUAUGUUUCUUGUUGCUCUUUCUGAAUACGAUCAAGUACUUGUAGAAUCUGACAACGAGAACAGAAUGGAAGAAUCAAAAGCUUUAUUCAGAACCAUUAUUACGUAUCCCUGGUUUACUAAUUCUUCUGUUAUAUUAUUUUUAAACAAGAAAGAUCUUCUGGAAGAAAAAAUAAUGUAUUCUCACUUGGCUGAUUACUUUCCAGAAUAUGACGGACCUCCUAAAGAUGCAAUAGCUGCUCGAGAAUUUAUAUUGAAAAUGUUUGUGGAUUUAAAUCCUGACGCUGAUAAAAUUAUCUAUUCACAUUUCACUUGUGCUACUGACACAGAGAACAUUCGGUUUGUAUUCGCAGCAGUAAAAGAUACAAUAUUACAACAUAAUUUAAAAGAAUACAACUUGGUGUGA